AUGAGCCUGGGCGGCGGCGGCGGCUGCAGCGCUCUGCGCCCGCAGCGGUGCGUGAGGCUUUCGGCGGUCCCGGGCGCCGACCCGCAGCGCUGCAAUGAGCUGCUGCUGCUGCUGGCGGAGCGGGAGGGCCCGGCGCGGAGGGGCGCCCCUGGGGCGGAGGAAGAGCCGCCGCGCCCGGCGCCCCAGCAUCAUGUCCUCUAUUUCCCCGGGGAUGUGCAGAAUUACCAUGAAACUAUGACACGACAUCCUGAGAAUUACCAGUGGGCAGACUGGAGCCUAGAAAAUGUUGCCACCAUGUUGGCCCAUCGUUUCCCCAAUAGCUACAUCUGGGUGAUCAAGUCUUCUCGAAUGCAUUUGCACAAAUUCACCUGCUAUGACAAUUUUGUGAAAAGCAAUAUGUUUGGUGCACCUGAACACAACAACAACUUUGGAGCCUUGAAACACCUUUAUAUGUUAGUAGUUAAUGCUUUUAAUUUAAGUCAAAACAGUUUUCUACCAAAGAAUACAAGAGAUUUGAGCAAGGACUCCAGAGUUUCAAAUUGUAGAUCCAGCUCUUCUCCUCCCUCUAAUGGUUGUCAGAAAGGAAAUGAGAACAUCUGUGAACAUUUUGACGAGCCUGUCAUGAGUUUUCAUCCACCCUCACUAAACGGUGCCUCUUUUACUUUGGUUGGAUUCAGUAAAGGUUGUGUUGUUUUGAAUCAGUUGCUUUUUGAAUGGGAGGAAGCCAAGAAAGACAAAGAGAUGGACACUUUCAUCAAAAGCAUCAGAACAAUAUAUUGGCUAGAUGGGGGCCAUUCUGGAGGAAGCAACACAUGGAUCACUGACCCAGAAAUCUUGAAAGAGUUUGCUCAAACAGGAAUUGUUGUUCACACGCACGUAACACCUUACCAAGUACGAGACCCAAUGAGAUCAUGGAUUGGGAAGGAGCACAAGAAAUUUGUGCAGAUCCUUGGAGACUUGGGUAUGCAAGUGACGAGCCAACUUCAUUUUGUAAAUGAAAAUCCUUCCAUAGAGAAUCACUUCAGGAUUCAUGAAGUAUUUUGAGACCAUAAGAUUAAAAAUGUGCCUGUUCUGCAGAAGAGUUGAAGUACUAUCAAUUCUGAUAAGAUCUUCGCAGAGGUAUUGUAUCAGGAGGAAGCAGACAUUCCAAACAUAUGAUUGUAAUGGGCAGUGGUAUUCCAUAUGAAUGUGAAGUUUUUUCAGAGGUGGCUUGUGAUAAUCUCACAAGGAGAUAAAAGAUCCUAAAGGUUAUAGCCUCAUGAAAGGUAAAAUUACUUAGUUACAAACAGUUAAUUUUCUGAGUAAUGUUUCAGUCUCAUUUUGGUUAACACUGUAAUUAUAAUUAGCUCUUUUGGCAGUUAAAAUUUGAGUGGAAACAUUUUCUCUUCAGAGUCACAGGCAAAGGCAUUGAUGUUUUCUGUCAUUUUAGAAUAACUAAAUGCUGUCUCUUAAAUUUUGUAAGCUCAUGUCAUGGGCUCAUUUUUCAAUGUGCCACCAAGUGUUUUUCUUGAGUCAAAAUAUAUUUGUUUUGAAAUACA